AUGCUGUUGGUCUCAGUGGUUCGAGUGGAGGUUGGUGGUGGUGAAAGGAAGGUCGGUGAUGGUGAAAGGAGGGUCAGUGAUGGUGGUUGUCAGGGAUGUUACGACGUAGUUCGUGACAGUUUGACAAGAACCAUACGUUAUGAGCUACACCAUCUUCCGAAUGCAAAAGUGCCUCACAGUGCCGAGUUAGAAGAAGGUUAUAUUCUCCUAUCCAGCUAUGGGCACAGCGACGUUACCCUUUGGAAUCCUUGGAAUCCUUUUGAGAGUAUGGGGUGUGAACUUGAAUUUGACUGGACAAAAUUAGCUCAAGCGAGGGUCAAACCUAGUGACGGAGGUCAGGUGUCUUGCCUCUCAGAUCCAGUCUACAAGGGUAUUCACAAUAGUCUUGCUGGUCAUUUUGAACUUCUGAUAGACGGACAAAGACCGGAUGGGAUUAUUCAGGAUCUGCAACACACUGCAGCAAAAUUACAUACCACUUUGGUGAUGCUUCAAACUAGAACACAAAAACUCAUCAACAAUACCGUGGAGUCACAACAGGCCGCGGGAAAUUUGCCGAGCACUGCUGAGGGGUUGGAAGCCAUGCAGGGGGAGUUGCAAACCACCUUGAACUCAGCAGCCCAGACUAUUAUUCCCAAGACGGACCUUGAGGCACUGUCUGACGAGAUAUCGGAUCUGUGCGAGAGGUUCUUGGAGCUUGACAUGAUGCAGACUUUCCAACUUUUGCCGCUGAAGGCUUUUGAUUUGGAGCCUUCCAAGGUCCAAAUGAGUGAGAUCUACAUCAUAGCCAUAGAUAGAAAAAUGAUGAAGAGGGUUCCAGAUCUUUUCUGGAACGACCGCCUCAGCUAUGCCAUGUACAUUAUCCUGGGACUCUAUAUGUCCUUGCAUGGAUUGUGCAUAGACUUGAAAGCGAGAUUCUUAGGGCUUGACUUGAUGGCAGUACCUGAAGGUAUGAUGGGACUUCUGCAGCCGCAUGAAACAUGUUAG